CCAUCGGACUUACAACGUUCCUCUACGGUUGUCAAGCAUGAAAUUCGCGACCUUCCGACAGUAAAUAAGGGAGAAUUUGAGAGCAAACUCUUGGGAUCACCAAAUGUUGGUAUAGUGGAUCGAAUGAAUUGUGCAACCAUGUUCGACAAACAAUACUUGAUUCUUGGAAGUGAUACUGGCUUAUUCGUGAUUGAUUUCUCGGUUCGCUGGGAUAUGAUGAGACCAAAACAACUUAUACGUGGAUGCCCGUUCAAAAAGUUACAAGUUCUUGAUGAUUAUGGAGUGAUGGUUGCCAUUGCUGGAAAAAAACAAACGAUACGAAUAUACAAGUUAGACAGUUUGCUGCACCUAAUAAAAUUUGUCGUCAAUUCAAAAUCGGGAACGCCAGUCGAUUUUUCAAAAGCAUCACCAUUUCUUAAAAAGAUGACAGACAGUUUGCCAAAAUGUGAAAUAUGUGGACAUAAUUUGGAUGAAGUUUGCGUGGGAGAUCGAAAACACGAUUUAAUAUGUCAAAGCUGUAAAGGUACUCGCGAUGAUUCCGAUUCCAACACCGAAGAGCCCAGUGCAUCACAAUCUCCUGCAUCUCUUCCUCCUGGAAAAUCCCAUCGUCGACAGUUGUCAAAUAUUUCCAAGCAUUUCAUUCAACAUAACCUAUCCAAUUCGAUUGGUAGUGCGAACAUUAGUGUCGAAGAAAAGUCAACUGUCUGGAGUUGGGCAACAGAUUAUGUAAAGUUACCAGAAGUUAAUAAGUGUUGCGUGACCUUUGACAUCAAAGAGACGAAGAGUCAGGUAUAUCUUACGGUGCUCACCAUCAAUCACUCGAUACUUUUAUUCUCGUGUUCAGUAGAAUCAAAAUAUAAAGCGAGUUGUAAAUUUUUAUACUUUAAUGCUUACUUUGUGCCAGUAACACCAAAUUUCAUCAGUGUUUCUACGGACUCGUCUAUCAUCAAACAAAUAAUUGCUGGCGUGGAAGAUUGUAAAGCG